UCCUCUCUCCAAUUCCAAUAAUACACACACAUUCACAAUCUCCAAAUAAGGUUAAACACUAAAGCCACUUGAAUAGUUGUUCCAAUCAAAUAGAAUCACUUUUAUUUAUUAUCUACUUAAAUUUAUCAAGUUUAGUUAUGUUUUUAAUUCUUCUGAUUCACACUUAACUCUCGAUUCUAUCUAAUCAAUUUUUAAUAGUACUAUUGCUAAAUGUUGAUUAAAUACCCAUGGAAUCCACUGUGACAAUAAGCCUCAUCAUCUCUCAUCUCUCAUCUUUCAUUAUCAUCACCAUCAACUCUAUCUUGUUAACCAUUUCAUCUAUUACACACCUCAAUUACCAAUCAAUCUAAUUAAUUAACUGUUUUAUUAUUUUUCUGUUAAUCUUUGUGCUCGUUUUAAUUAUAAUCAAACCCUUUAACUGCCUAAAAAAGUCACUUUAUAUAUAAUUGUUUACAUGUGAUCUCUAUCAUCUCAUUUAUUACUAGUUAUGGAUCCAUUUUAUUAUAAACAAAGUACAAAUUUGAAAGGUUCACUUCGACCAGUUGAUAAAUCUAAGCCUCCGCCUAAGAAACCACCACCACAAGCACCUUCAACACAAGAUGCCGGAGGAGAUAUUAGUGCACCAAGGUUACCACCUAAACCUAAACGGGAGCAAGCAAGAGCUAUUUAUGAUUAUAAAGCUCAGAAUGAUGAUGAACUGACAAUUAGAAAGGGAGACAUUAUCAUUAUUUUAAGUAAAGGUGUGGAAGACGAAGGCUGGUGGAAAGGGGAGCUUAAUGGUAAAAUCGGUGUUUUUCCGGACAAUUAUAUUGAGGUUAUUAAAACAGCACCAAUGGAUGAAGUUAUUUUACCACUGAGGACAAAAAAACCUGAAAGAUUAAACGAGAAGCCACCACCUCCCUCUUGUAUUGGAUCACCAGGAGGCGGAAUUGGUUCAACCAAUCCAACCGGUUCUCAAACUAAAUUAAACAUCAGCGAGGUUGUGAGGAACAAUAAUAAUCUUAAAAGUACCCAACAAACGCCAUCAACAACAACAAUCACCACCGCCAUCACAAACAGCACAACAAAUACUAAUAGUACUUGUGGUAGUACCAAUAACAGUAAUAGCUCAACACUGACAAGCGCCAUAAACCCAUUGACAUCUUCUCUCACCAACUCAAUGGAGGAAGAAAAUUUGAGUUUCAUCUCACCCGUUGUUCCAAGUAAAAAGCCCAAGUUUCGAGCUCCUCCUGGUUCAAUAUCGAUACUUCCUGUAACCAGUUUGAUUAAAUCAAGUGUACUUGGUGGAUCCAAACCUGAUGUUGUAACUUCUAAUGAUACAGCAACAAAUAAAUUAGAUUCUAGUGGUAAUUGUAGCAAAGAAAGUAAAUCAAUGCCUGAUGAAAGGAUUAGCUCAAUAAUCAACGAGAAUGAAAUAAUUCUUGGAUCAUUAGACAGUACCAGAAGAUUAAAUCAUCCAACCGCUAACCGGGUAAAAGGACCUAAUCGUAGGCCACCUUCAAUGAUUGUUUUAACUAAAGAAGAUGAUAACGAUAAUGAUUUGGAUCUUUUUGAUGAACCAAAAUCAGAGAGCAAGAUUCACUCUUCGGCAACAUUAUCCUCCUUAAGUAGCACACCAGCCAGUAAUCCAACAACAACUUCACCCACAACAACAGCAACUACAACAGGGUCAACUAAUGAUUUGACAGAGAAAGAGAAGGUUCCAGCAAUUCCACCCUGGAUGAAGGAGUUGAAAAGGAGUCAAGCUGAAAGGCGAAUCAAAAACAGUGAUAACACCACUUCUGUCCUCGGCGGAGAGGAAACCCUCGGGGGUGCCAAUCAAGUGACACCUUUAUCUCCUACUAAAUCCAAUCCAUCUCGAUCAAUUUCACUUCCAGUUGAAAUUACUGAAACAAACUCAUCUCCAGUGUCUACAACCACAACGAUAACAACACCUUCAUCACCAUCAACUAUAAACUCACUACUUUCUGGUAAACCUUUGAAAGCAGCAAAACCAAGUGCUACAAGUAUAGUAACCACCACAAUCUCUGCCGUUACAGCAACUACAACAACAAUACCAACAACAAUAUCAUCAGCAAUAGUUUCCUCUUCCUCUUCAGGAUCAAUUUUAUCUUCCACUCCACCCAAAAGCCUGAGUAUCUCUAAUAUUAGUAAUAAAUCUGGUGAUUUUAGUUUAUCUCCAUUGAACAAGGGCGUCUCUGAUUUUUCCGAUAUUCAAGUAGAAUUGAAUAAUUUGAAAAAAUCCAUGGUACCUCGAAGAGACUACGAGGAUCUAGUUAAAAAGGUAAAUGAACUGACAGACAUGGUUGAGACGGUAAAGGAGUCCUACGGAUCUGUAGUUAGAGACUUAAUCAAUCAAGUCGCUGAAGCGCGGAAAAAUAUGGCCACAUUGGAAAUUGAGGUUGAUAGGCUGAGGAAAUUAUCCACGACUGUAUAAAGAAAUAAGCAGAUAGAUGAAGAAAACGAAGAAGAUGAAUCAGGGUGUGUGUGUAUAUAUUCGCCACGAGGAGGAACAAAUGACGGUGGGAAUGAGUGGAAAUUAUCAAGAUUUUUCAGAGAAAAAAAGCAAAAAUUGAGAGGAAAAUGUCACUAUUCGCUCGGAUUCACACAUAAUAUUCAAACAAUAUACACACACAAUCACAAUCUUCUCUAUUAACUUGAUUUAAUUGGCCACUUUUUUUGUUUGUUUGGAUGGUAAAUCAACUAAUCACUGCUGAACAAGAACAAUUACUAAAUCAUCUGCAUCUCUAACACUCGACAAAGAGAAAUGGAAAAGUUUUUCUUUGAGCAAAACCGGAAGCUCUUCCUUGACACAUACCAUAUAAACACACACACACACAUACACUUCAUUGGUCACUUGAUUAACUUACACAAUUUGAUAUCAACAAUUAACUCUUCAUGUUAAGUACAGUAUUAAUUUGAUCAUCAACCAUCAACAAUCAAGAUUUAGACUUAAUUCCUUAUUCUUUUUCUUUCUUUUCUUUUUAAAUUCUGGUCAAACAUCUUGAGCGUUUUUUUUCCAAUAUUAUUAUUAUUUCCUCGAAACUAUAUAAUAAUUAUCUCACCAAUUGAUGUUGAUGAAACAAUUAACCAUUUUACUUAUCAGAUAUUCCAAUUAAUUCUGAAUAGAGUUGCUGUUGAUUUCAAACGAAAUGAAAGUUAAUCAAUGAUUAUCAAUGUCAUUUUAAUGAUAUAUUAACUAUUAUAUUUUUGUUUUUGUUUCUUUGUCUUCUCUGUCUUUCUCUCUCUUUUUUUGUUUCUUCUUCUUGUCUUCUUCUUCUUCUUCAUCUUUGCUCUCUGUGUCUCUCCAAUCAUCCGAUGAAAUAACAACAAAUAAGUUUAUCUGUGAUCUUCAAAAAAAAGGAAAAAAAAAAUAACUGUCGUUAAAAAUUGACAAGAGAAUCUAUAAAAUCUCCGAAGAGAAGAAAAAAGAACAAACAAAUCAAGACAUGAAUGGAAUGAGAAAAACAAAAGAAUAUAUUUAUAUUUACAUUCUAUUGAUGAGAGAGAAGAAGUAAAAGAGAGAGAGAAAAAGAAAACUUCGAACCAUCAACGAAUUGUUCGCCUUGGAAUAUAUAUUAUUAUAUCUACAACUAUUAGUAAAGAAAAAUAAUUUUAUCAAUUUUACCAAAA